GGAGGUGCCUCGUGAAGUGCUUAGUUCCCGUUACUAAGCAGAAGGUCGGAGGUUCCUGUCGGUCCGUGCGGGCAACUCAGAAAAGCCGAUAAGCCAUGUCAGCUGUAGAAUAUGACGACAAUGAGGAGUCCAAGUUCCUCAAGAAAGCCAAGGAGAAUCCGUUCGUCCCUGUUGGAAUGGCGGGAUUCUUUGCGAUUGUGGCAUACAGACUCAUGAAGCUGAAACAAAGGGGUGAUACAAAGAUGUCUGUCCAUCUGAUCCACAUGCGUGUGGCAGCGCAGGGCUUCGUGGUGGGGGCCAUGACCAUGGGGGUGAUCUACUCCAUGUACAAAGAUUACGUUCUGAAGCCAGCAGAGGCUCAGAAAGCACUGGAGCACAAAGCCUUGGAGCAUAAGUGAACAGCAGAAGCACUGGUGUUUUAUAGUUGUUUUAUUUUAGUGUAGUUUAAUUUGGGGCUCUGAUAUCUUCUUAGUACAUAAUUCCAACAUGUAUUGGUACAUAUUAAUAUUUAACUAUAUAUUUAUGCUUUAGAUAUUAGAUGUAAUUAUUUUAUGAUGCAUCAGAGUAUUGAAGUUUCUUCACAGGUUGUAAAAUGUUGUCUGACUUAUUCAGAGCAGCUCCUAUAUGAUUAGACUGAUAUGUUGUGCCCAUGUGAGUGUCAGUCAUCUCUCACACUGGGAGAAAAUAGAUGUUCUUAGGGUCUUAUGAGGUGCCUUCAUCAUUCAUGUGUGCAAAACCAUUCCAAAGCAAAGGUAUUACCACACAGUACUAUGGGUAGAAAAGACCAAUUUAACUUGUGCACAUAGGAAUGUUGUUUAAUAGGACUUCAAUUUAAACUGUUCUUUCAUUCUGCACAUUUUGGAAAUAUUUGUGUAUUUUACAAUUUCAUCAGAAAACUGGUUAUGUGCAGGGAAAAUGAGCAUGACUCAACCACAGUUUUAAAGAACCCUGGUCUCACAAGGCAGCAGUGAUGCAGUUGUAAAGUAAUACUACAUCUAAUAUGUUUGCACAUCUGUGGUGUGAGGGUGAAAUGCCAUAGAGUGGGUUCCUAUUUCAAUGGGUUAUAGUUAAGAUUUUGUUUUUGUCUUAAAUUAAGCAAGUAACUAAUAGAACCUGGACUUCAAAGUAAAGUGUGACUUGAGUAUGCCUGAGUUGUGUUUUGUUCAAAGUCUUGCCCUGUUGUCCUGUUUGAAUAGUGUAAUGGGUAAAGUUUAAAUAGACUCAUGAUAUGGCUGAAAAAUGAUGGUAUUUUUGAAUAUUAUUAACAGGUAAUUAUUAUAUACAGCUGACAUAAAGAAUGAGGCAUCGGUGAGCUGUAGAACACAAUUGUUUCGCUGUCAGGACAUCUAGUAUCUGCAAAUGGCAGCAUUUUGGGGAGGAAGAGAUUAAUCAUUUGUAUGAGACUGUUAUUGAAAAUGGCUUCUUCUUUUUUUAGCCUGUAAGAUUGUAAUAUUAUCUAUGUGGGACACCAAAACUAAAACCAUAAUUACAGUAGGUAGUGUUGUACUGUACUGUGACACUACGAUAGACAUGCCUGAUAAUAUUUAAUUUUAUCAACGAAGUGUAUGGUUGCAUAACACAACGCCUUCUAAAUAUUUAUAACAAUAGCCUCUACUGUUAAUGGUGCAGUCAGAUUUUGUUAUUAAACACCCAUUGAGCUAUUUAGUCAAAUAGCUCAUAAAAAUAGCACCGUCAUUAGGAGAACUACGUCAUUAUUUUUCUCUUUGUACAUUUCUGUUUGUGGGUAAAUGUGGUACAUCCUGUAGACAUUAGCCAGGCACUUUGAUACCUACUUGCAAUGUAUUUGCACGUUUUUUUGUUUUUUAAUAAAAUAAAAUUGUUUUAUUUUAUUAAAACUAUAAAUGGUAUUUUGGGGCUCCAUUACACAUUGUAUGCAUCUAUGCCAAAUAAAAUAAGAGUAGAAAUAA